AAAAAGAGAGAAAAACACAAUUAAAAAUUAUUAUGAAGAGGAACGGCGAGACGAAACGGCGGAGGAACGUGGCGGAGGAGGCAGAGCAGGGAGAGGAUCCGGCGAUGUGGGAGAAUCUUGACCGGAAUUUCAGACAAGUGCAAUCAGUUUUAGACAGAAACAGAUCACUGAUUCAACAAGUCAACGACAAUCACCAAUCGAGAAUGGCUGAUAACAUGUCGAAGAACGUUGCUUUGAUUCAAGAACUCAACGGAAACAUUUCCAAGGUUGUUAACAUGUAUUCUGAUCUCAAUACUAGUUUCUCGUCGGGCUUUCACGGUGGGAAGAACGGUCACGAUGGUGGUGGUGCUGCCGGAACUAGAGCUUAAUGAACCGGAAUCAAAUUGUUUCUUCUUAGUUGGACCGGCCGGUUUGAGAAUUUUGAAUCUGUCCGGUUCAAGCUAUGAUAUAAAGUAAAUGUUUAGUUUUUGUAUUGCAAUGAUGAUUGUCGUUAGAAUAAUCCGUGGGAGCAAACCCAUCUCUAUUGGGGUUAUUUUAGUUAUGGUUUUGAGUCUUUUUCAAUGUGUCUCUACUGCAAUCUCUCUAAUGAUUAUAAUAAUAAUUGAUACAGUAUUAGAUU